AUGAAUCAAUCCACAUUGCUGUUCCGGCGUGCAGCUGCACAAUCGCAGACACGCCUUUGCCAACGGAGAUGGGCUCAGGUUCACGAUGUACGAUACUUCGCGCUCCACCCGCCUCUUAACGACAAGAUCCAAGAACGAUACCGGGACAAGCUGCGGCAAAAGGCGAAAGAGAGGGGUGUAGAUGAUGUUGAGGAGUUGAAGCAAGUCUAUCAGGAUCGCAUCGCGAAACUGCGCAAAGAAAGCCUGGUACCCGGCAUUAAUGCUCCACUCUCCGCUCAGGAACCUCCCACACCACAGAAUACCGACUCGAGUAUCCCAUAUCAGCCUCCUCCUCCGCCGAAGCCUUUAGUCGAUCCCGCGAUACAGAAAGUGCCGAAGAGCGACAGCCCGGUCAAAACGCUAGCAUCCUUCAUCGAUGUCGACAAGACUGCAAAGCUUCCCCACAAAGAGGUUGAGACGAUAUGGCGGUUACGGCAUGUUCGAGAUCCGCAGUCUCUGUGCGCAGUGAUGGAGGUGGAGACAUACAAGCGAAUCGCGAAGACGGCAAAGAAGCACCCACAGUUCAUCCUCCCUCUGCCACGAGCAGAGCAGGGCGCGGAGAUCCACUUCCUCCAAUGGACAUUUCCUACCGAGACCACAGCAACAGUGCUUUUCACACAUCUUGCUGAAUUCAAGUUGCGAGGUGAAUUUGCGCAGCCGCAUACCACAAUCACACAUCAUUUGGAUCUGCUUGAUUCGAACGGGCUGGCUCUGCUGGAGGGCCGAGUGAUGGAGAACAGAGGCAUCAGUGUCGAUGAAGGCAAAUUCUUGCUGAUGAACCUGCAAAAGUUCUACGGAUUUGAGGCGCACAGUGCGGUCGCGCAGGAGAGCAAAGAGAAGAGAGGGAAGUUGAUGGAGCAGUUCAGUGGGGGAGAUGAGACGUUCAACGUAGAAGAGCUAUUAGAGGAAGUCGAGAAGGUGCCGUGAAAGAUGAUGCUGCAAAAUGAUAGAGAAUAGAGAACCACGUGUCGUUUGUCAGACGCCCUGCUCAGGCGCGCUGCAUCGCGAGAUAAAAUGAGCCUGAGACGCUGUAAAAAGUGAGCAUGAAGAUUUCGUGGCUCGCGGGGGGACAUCGUGAAUAGACAGAGAGUGAGUCUGGCUUGGUUACCAAGUGACGGGCACCCGCUGCGUUUGCUUGCAGAUUCAUUCACUCGGUUUAGCGUCAUGCAGCUAUCCGAAGUCGAGCAAGGAUCACGCGCACAUCCGUUUGCCAUCCUCUUUGGGACUUUUCUUUACAGCAUUCCCAACUUU